AUGGUCAAGAAAGUUAAUGAUCGGAUGAAAGAAUUAAAUUUAUUGGAUGAACGGAAUUUCAAAAUAUGUCAACGUUUGACAUCAUCGACACAUAAACUUGAUGAAUAUCUGAAAGAUCAUCCAUUAUUAUUAAAUAUUUUCAAGAAUUAUCGUGCUAAAAAAUAUGAUGAAUUAACAUUGUUUAUUUGUUUUUUGGUAACAUUACCACAUUGGGCCAUGGAAUCUAAAUUUUUUGAUCGUGAUACGAUCAGUUACAGUACCGUAAAAUUUUUGGCUAUUUUACGCGGUGAAUCCGAGGAUUUUACACCGGCAUCAUUAAUAUCUCAAUUGUGGUUGUCAUCCAAGUUAAUUUCAUCCAAUGAAGAUGUUCCAUUGAAUAAAAUGUCAUUUUUUGAUCCGAAUUCUGAAAAAGCCGAAGAUAUUCAAAAACUUGUUAUAUCGGGAUAUAAUGGUUUACCAUCAUUAGAAUAUAUGUAUAUAAUUCGUGUUAUAAUGAAUUUUUGUGUUUAUGGAUUUGAUGACGAUGCAUAUAAAUUUAUUCAACCAAUAUUGGAAGGAGUACCUUGUGAGCGACGAAGUUCGGAAUUGAUACAACGAAUAGCAUUUACGAUCCAAAAUCUGUUUGAUAUAGAAAAAAUUCUAAUUGGUUUAGAAAAUGAAUUUGACUUUUAUAAUUUAAAACAAACAACAUAUCAAUCAUUUGUUGAAAAAGUUGAUAAAACAUUUUAUAAAAAUGAUGAUGCUGGCGGAGUCAAUGAUGGUGUAAUAAAUUAUCCAGAUGACGUUGAUUUGAAAAAAUUGACUAACGUACGAAUAUCAAGUGAACCAGAGCCGCCAGAAAAAUAUAUGAAGAUAACAAAGGAAGCAGCACAAAUAGCAGUCCGUUUAUUUGAUGACCUUCUUCUUCCACAAGCGUUACAACUGUAUAAUUUGGAAUCAGAUGCAUAUGAACAACAAAAAAAAGCAAAUACUUUGGAGCGAGUUAUUUUGGAUAUAGAGUUUAACAUAUUUACUAUGACAGCAUUAACAUUUACAGGUCCGUUUCGUAAUGCUAAACAUGAUAAUAUUAAUGUUGAUAAGUUAUUAGAAAAUCUCGUAUCGAAAAAAAUUUUAAAAUAUGGAAUGUUUUUACAAACAUUAGUUAGACCGGUCACAAGUUGGUCAAGAUAUCUUCCCGAUAUUCAUGAUGAACAACAAUACGUUGAAUUUACUGAGACAAUGAAAAAUAAUUAUGGUUUAUCAAUGGAAAAAUAUAUAAAAACGUGUGAACAAAAUGAAGCCCAUGCGAAAGGAAAAGGAAUAAAAUUAACGCUAGCGGGUGCAGAUGAUUUAAAGAUACAAGGGGAAAGAAUUAUACUAAUAAAUGAAAAAAUAGGACAAAAGACACAUGCAGAAGCAGCAAAAGCUGAUGCCAGUAUCCCAGUACAAGUUAACUCAGUAUCAGACGUAUCUAAAGAUCAAAUUAUUGUUGCUGCUCGAACGAGUGACCAGACAAGGAUAAAUAAUGACCACGGUGCUGUUACAGAAAAUUUUGAAUUAGAUUAUCGAAGGCAAGAUGGAUAUAUGCAGGAUUUCCCUGGCGGUGAUAUGUUGAUGGAAAAUGAAAUCGACUUAUCGACAACGCAAAAUAAGCGGAAAUUAUGCUCAAUAUUUGAUUACGAUUUCAUAUUAACUGAUGAAAACGAUCAAUCAAUGCCAGCGAGAUAUUUAGGUCCAAAUGGAUAUCUAAAUGCACAAAAACGAAUUUGUAUAAGUCCAAUCACAUCCGCAGUAGUUCACUUAGUAACUGCGCUAGAAGAAGCUGGCCCAUCUGAUGCAAUAUCUCAUAAUGAAACAACUGCCACUGAUCAUCCAGUUGUUGAACAAACGGCUUGUGAACCAGGUCAUGAUCAACAACCCACUGAUAUCGACCUGUUAAGUGCUUCUGCGGCAAAAUUACUAAAUACUCACGAUAUGACUAAUGUAACAUUAACUGUUGGAAAUGGACAUGGUAGUGAAGUUAAUCAGAUAGAAUGGGAAGAUUUAUUCGUUACGACUGGAGAUAUACAAGUUUUGAAUGAUACUAUUACUACUGACCAUGAUACUAUUACAACAGUCGAAUAUAAAGGCUGA